AUGGAGCCCCUCGGCCUCGUCCUCCUCCUCCUCCUCCUGCUGCCCCCCGCCCGGCCCCACCCCGGGCGGAUUUUGGGGGGCUCCGAGUGCCCCCCGGGGGCGCACGCGGGGCUCGUGCGGCUCUUCCAGUUUGACCAGUUCGUGUGCGGGGGGGCGCUGCUGAGCCCCCAGUGGGUGCUGAGCGCCGCCCACUGCCGGGCCAGCCACCUGCAGGUGCGCGCAGGUGAGCACAGCCUGGCGCAGGUGAGCGGCCACGAGCAGUUCGCCGCCGCCGUGGAGCUCGUGGUGCACCCGGACUUCGGCAAGGCCGCGGAAAACUCCCGAAAUCCCCAAAAUCCCGGGAAUUUCUCCCGCGACUCCGGCCGCUCCCACGACCUGAUGCUGCUCAGGGUGGAGCCGCCCUUCACCUGCGGGCCGCAGGUGAGGCCCCUCCCCCUGCCCCAGGCCACGCCCACCCCCGGCUCCACCUGCACCGUGAUGGGCUGGGGGAGCACCAGCAGCCCCGAGGAGUCGUACCCGGCCGUGCCGCAGUGCCUCAACGUCACCGUGCUCGGGGACAGCGCCUGCGGCGACGCCUACGGCGCGCAGGUGACGCCGGACAUGCUGUGCGCAGGUGUGCCCGAGGGCGGCAAGGACUCCUGCCAGGGUGACUCCGGGGGUCCCCUGCUGUGCCAGGGCCAGCUCCAGGCCGUGGUGUCCUGGGGCGAGCACCCCUGCGGUCAGCCCGGCCGCCCGGGCGUCUACGCCCGCGUCCGGCCCGCGCUGGCCUGGAUCCGGGCGGUCAUCGGCGCCUCCGCGGUGACCGCUGACCCCUCCUGCGGCCCGGAGUGA